UUAUAGGCCAUCCCCGAACACCGGAGAUGCUACACUCCCGCUGCCUCAGCCCCCGGGGCCCCUCCACCCCGCGCAUGCUCCCACUCAGCCUGAGCCCGGGAGUCCACCUCCAUUCAGCCAGUACGCAGGAUCACAACCCCCUCCGUAAGACCCCUUCUCAAGACGCGUCCGUCGCGGUGUGUUUGCGUCAUCGCGCCACGCCACCAGUAGAGCCCGGGGAAGAUGGCGGCAGCCGUUCUUAGUGGGCCCUCAGCGGGCUCCCCGGCUGGGGUUCCCGGGGGAACCGGGGGUCUCUCGGCGAUGAACUCGGGCCCGCGUCUUCGUCUGCUGCUGCUGGAGAGCGUUUCCGGUUUGCUGCAGCCGCGAACGGGGUCUACCAUUGCUCCUGUGCAUCCCCCUGUCUGUUCGGUUCCACAUUUGCCCGGGCUCAUGUGCCUAUUGCGGUUGCAUGGGACGGUGGGCGGGGCCCAGAAUCUUUCAGCCCUUGGAGCAUUGGUGAGUCUCAGUAAUGCACGUCUAGGUUCCAUCAAAACUCGGUUCGAGGGCCUAUGUCUGCUGUCCCUGCUGGUGGGAGAGAGCCCUACAGAGAUGUUCCAGCAGCACUGUGUGUCCUGGCUUCGUAGCAUUCAGCAGGUGUUGCAGUCCCAGGACCCUCCACCCACCAUGGAGUUGGCUGUGGCUGUCCUGAGGGACCUACUCCGAUAUGCAGCCCAACUUCCUACACUGUUUCGGGACAUCUCCAUCAACCACCUUCCUGGACUUCUCACUUCCCUGCUGGGCCUUAGACCAGAGUGUGAGCAGUCAGCAUUAGAAGGAAUGAAGGCUUGUAUGACCUAUUUCCCUCGGGCUUGUGGUUCUCUCAAAGGCAAAUUGGCCUCAUUUUUCUUGUCUCGAGUGGAUGCCUUGAGCCCUCAGCUCCAGCAGCUGGCCUGUGAGUGUUAUUCCAGGCUGCCUUCCUUAGGGGCUGGCUUUUCCCAGGGCCUGAAGCACACUGAGAGCUGGGAGCAGGAGUUGCACAGCCUGCUGGCCUCACUGCACAGCCUGUUGGGGGCCCUCUAUGAAGGCGCAGAAACGGGAAGGAAUGGAAAGAAGAUAGUAUAUGAGGUGAUCGUUUGCUGCUCAGCUCCUGUUCAGAAUGAAGGCCCUGGAGUGGAGACGCUGCUUUCCCCUUCAGAAGAUGGUGAUGCCCAUGUCCUCCUGCGCCUUCGGCAGAGGUUUUCAGGACUGGCCCGCUGUCUGGGGCUUAUGCUCAGCUCUGAGUUUGGGGCUCCUGUUUCCGUGCCUGUGCAGGAAGUCCUGGAUCUCAUCUGCCGGACUCUCAGUGUCAGUGGCAAGAAUAUUAGCUUGCUUGGAGAUGGUCCCCUGAGGUUGCUAUUACUGCCGUCUAUCCACCUUGAAGCCUUGGACCUGCUCUCUGCACUCAUUCUUGCGUGUGGAGGCCGGCUCUUACGCUUUGGGGCUCUGAUCAGUCGCCUGCUCCCCCAGGUCCUCAAUGCCUGGAGCAUUGGUAGGGAUACUCUCUCUCCUGGCCAGGAGAGGCCUUACAGCACUAUUCGGACCAAAGUAUAUGCUAUCUUAGAGCUGUGGGUGCAGGUUUGUGGGGCCUCAGCAGGGGUGCUUCAGGGAGGAGCCUCUGGAGAGGCCCUGCUCACUCAUCUACUCAGUGAUAUCUCCCCACCAUCUGAUGCCCUUAAGCUACGCAGCCCUCGGGGGAGCCCUGAUGGGGGUUUGCAAACUGGGAAGCCUAGUGCCCCCAAGAAGAUAAAGCUGGAUGUAGGGGAGGCUAUGGCCCCACCCAGCCACCGGAAAGGAGAGAACAAUGCCAACAGUGAUGUCUGUGCAGCUGCGCUGAGAGGCCUCAGCCGGACCAUCCUCAUGUGUGGGCCUCUCAUCAAGGAGGAGACUCACAGGAGACUGCAUGAUCUGAUUCUGCCUCUGGUCAUGGGUGUCCAGCAGGGUGAGGUCCUGGGCAGCUCCCCAUAUACCAGCUCCUGUUGCCGCCGUGAGCUCUACCGCCUGCUGCUGGCGCUAUUGCUGGCGCCUUCUCCUCGCUGCCCACCUCCUCUUGCCUGUGCCCUGCAAGCUUUCUCCCUUGGUCAGCGAGAGGACAGUCUUGAGGUCUCCUCUUUCUGUUCGGAAGCACUGGUGACCUGUGCUGCUCUAACUCACCCCCGAGUUCCUCCUCUACAAGCCAUGGGCCCCACCUGCCCCACACCUGCCCCUGUGCCCCCUCCUGAGGCCCCGUCUCCAUUCAGAGCUCCGCCUUUCCAGCCCCCAGGCCCUAUGCCUUCUGUAGGUCCCAUGCCUUCUGCAGGUCCCAUGCCCUCAGCAGGCCCAUUGACCUCUUCAGGCUCUAUGCCCUCAGUAGGCCCAAUGCCUUCCGCAGGCCCCAUGCCCUCAGCAGGCCCCAUACCCUCUGCAGGCCCUGUGCCCUCAGCACGCCCUGGACCUCCAGCCACAGCCAACCACUUAGGCCUUUCUGUCCCAGGCCUGGUAUCUGUACCCCCUCGGCUCCUUCCUGGCCCUGAGAACCAUCGUGCAGGCUCCAGUGAGGACCCUGUCCUUGCUCCUAGUGGGACUCCUCCACCCACCAUCCCACCAGAUGAAACUUUUGGGGGGAGAGUACCCAGACCAGCCUUUGUCCACUAUGAUAAGGAGGAGGCAUCUGAUGUUGAGAUCUCCUUAGAAAGCGACUCUGAUGACAGCGUGGUGAUUGUGCCUGAGGGGCUUCCGCCCCUGCCACCCCCACCACCCUCGGGCACCACUCCUCCCCCUGUUGCCCCUACUGGGCCCCCAACAGCAUCCCCUCCUGUGCCAGCCAAGGAGGAGCCUGAAGAGCUUCCUGCAGCCCCAGGGCCUCUCCCUCCGCCCCCACCCCCACCUGUACCUGGUCCUGUGACACUCCCGCCACCGCAGCUGGUCCCUGAGGGGACUCCUGGAGGGGGAGGACCCCCAGCUCUGGAAGAAGAUUUGACAGUUAUUAAUAUCAAUAGCAGUGAUGAAGAGGAGGAGGAAGAGGAAGAGGAGGAAGAAGAAGAAGAAGAAGAGGAGGAGGAGGAGGAAGAAUUUGAGGAAGAAGAAGAGGAGGAAGAAGAGUAUUUUGAAGAGGAAGAAGAGGAGGAAGAAGAGUUUGAAGAAGAAUUUGAGGAGGAAGAAGGUGAAUUAGAGGAAGAAGAGGAGGAAGAGGAAGAGGAGGAGGAAGAAGAGUUGGAAGAGGUUGAAGAGUUGGAGUUUGGCUCAGCAGGAGGGGAGGUAGAAGAAGGUGGACCUCCACCCCCAACCCUGCCCCCAGCUCUCCCUCCUCCAGAGUCUCCCAAAGAGCACCCUGAGCCAGAACCAGAGCCUGGGCUGCUGCUGGAAGUGGAGGAACCAGGAUCAGAAGAGCAGCAUGGGACUGAGACAGCCCCUACCCUAGCCCCCGAGGUGCUCCCUUCUCAGGGUGAGGAAGAGAGGGAAGGGAGAAGCCCAGAGGCAGGGCCACCUCCUCAGGAGCUUGUUGAAGAAGAACCCUCUGCUCCUCCAACCCUGCUGGAAGAGGGGACUGAGGGUGGGGGUGACAAUGUGCCACCCCCACCAGAGACAGCUGCAGAAGAAGAGAUGGAGACAGAGACGGAGGCUGCAGUUCUCCAGGAAAAGGAGCAGGAUGACACAGCUGCCAUGUUGGCUGACUUCAUCGAUUGCCCCCCUGAUGAUGAGAAGCCACCACCUACCACGGAACCUGACACCUAGCUCUCUUCCACAUCCCAACACUUUGUUUCCAAUAAAGUUAUAUCCUUAGA